UCUGCAUCGUCGCCCGAGCCUGGUCCUGCUGCCCACCGCUGUCCACAGCUGCCCCCGCACGACAAACACCAGUCCUUCCCCGGCCUGCCCUCGCCGCCGCAUCCGUCUCGCACCCGAUCCAUCGGCUCCGCUCGGCCCUCGCCUCCCGGAGCAGCCUCGACGACCAACCCGUCCGCUUUCCAUCGGCUAUCUCUGGCCCAGCCCAAUGUCGCUCCGUCCCAAGGCCAUCGAUUUCAAGGCCACCUAUGUCGACUUUGAGACCAACCUGCGGGCCCUGUAUUCCCCGUCGGACCAGCGUCUGACGGGCAUGAACAUGUUCCAGGCUGUCUACGACAUGUGCACCUGCUAUCCAAAGGGGCAGGCCGAUCGGCUCUUUGACUCGAUCGCCGCAUUUCUGACGGGCUAUUGCACGCAGGUCGCCAACCGACUGCUGGAGUUUGAAGAAAUCGCACCCAUCUACGUGUCCGAAUGGAACAGCUACCAGACCGCCUCUCGCUAUGCCAACUCCAUCUGCGACUAUCUGAACCGCAUUCUGAUAAAGAUGUAUUCGAGCAAAGUGGGCUCCGACGCCAAGUAUCGCCGGCAAAGCAUCGAGGCCCUGGCUUACAGCCUGUGGGUCGAGCACGUCAUCAACCGCCUCAAAAGUCGGUCCAACCGGCUGAUCUUCCAGGUCUCGCAGUUGAUCGAGAAGAACCGGGAUGGAGACUCGAUCUCGGCAGACACGGUGAGGCAGGUCAUGGAGUCGUUUGUCGAAGUCUACCGAUACAAGGACCACCACCUCCAGCUGUACGUGGAGGAAUAUGAGAGGAGCUACCUCGAGUCAACCCGAUCCUACUAUGAAACAGAGUCCAGCACCUUUGUGGCAUCCGAAUCGAUUUCCAACUUUAUCCAGAGAGCUUCCCGGCGGCUGGCCGAGGAGCAGGAACGGACCACAAGGUUCUGCCACCCAACAUCGUUCGAAAAGGUGGUGCGGGAGUGCACCAACCAGUACGUGGGCGUCCACCAAAAGCGCAUCCAGGCCGAGUUUGUGACCAUGCUCGUCCGCGAUCUGCACGAAGAUAUGACUGUGGCAUACGACUUGCUUAUACGGAUACCCGACGGCACACUACCGCUCCUUGCAUCGCUGGAGACCCACAUCAAGGAAACCGGCACUAAGCUUGUCGAGACCGUGUGGUCGGCUGCCACCAAGAACCCUUCCGAGUACGUCGAUGUUCUUGUGGCCCAUCACGCAAAGUUCACCGAGAUGUGCACCAAGCUCUUCAAGGGAGAUCUCAUAUGCAUCUCGACCGUCGACAAUGCCCUGCGAUCCAUCAUCAACAACCGCUCGCUGCACAAAAAUACCGGCUCGGCCGAGCUGCUGGCCAAGCACGCGGACAACUUGCUCCGCAAGAAGAGUGCAAGCAGUGAAGGCGACGUCGAGGAGAAGCUGUCGGCACUGAUGAUCCUGUUCAUGUACGUCGACGACAAGGACGUGUUCCAGAAGUUCUACUCGAGAAGUUUGGCCAAGCGGCUGAUCUACGGCGGCUCGGUGUCCGAUGAGGCCGAGCUCAGCAUGAUCACCAAGCUCAAGAUGGCCUGUGGCGUUGACUAUACCAGCAAGCUGCUCCGGAUGUUCCACGACAUUGGCGUGAGCGACGAUCUCAACACGAGGUUUAGGGGCCAUCUGGAUCAGCAACACAAGUCGCUCAAUCUGGACUUUAGCAUCAUGGUCUUGACGGCCGGGUUCUGGCCUCUCAUGAAUGCGCCAUCUGAGUUUCAGCUGCCGGCCGAGAUGGAGCAGAGUGUGAUCUACUUCACCCAGUUCUAUACCAGCGUUGCCUUCAACGGACGCAAGCUCACAUGGCUGCACCAUUUGGCCAAAGCCGAUGUCAAGCUCAUUGGCUUUGAUAAGCGGUACGAGUUGAACGUAUCGCUCUACCAGCUGUCGAUACUGCUGCUGCUCAACUCGCUGCCCAGAGUUAGUCUCCAAGAGAUCGAGAAGCAGACCAAGCUCAGCCAAAGCGAAAUCCAACGAUCGCUCAAGGCGCUGGUGGACAUCAAGUUGGUUGAAUUCAACGAGGGAGCCUCUGAGAUCUCGGUCAACGCCAAGUUCACCAGCAAGCGGAUCAAGAUCAAAGUCACUGCAGGCGUGCAGGCCGACACGCCACAGGAAGUCGAUGCAAAUCGCAAAUCGGUCGAGGAUGAUAGAAAGAUAUACAUUCAGGCGGCGAUCGUCCGGGUGAUGAAGUCCCGGCGCGAGCUCUCGCACAACCAUCUGAUCCAAGAAGUCAUCAGCCUGUCCAAAUCGCGGUUCAGCCCCAGCAUACCCGUGAUCAAGAAGUGCAUCGAGCAUCUGAUCGAGAAGCAGUACAUUGAGCGGAGCAAUCAGAAUCGGGACCGAUACGUGUACAUCUCAUGAGCCGUCGGUGUGGGAGACUGGCGAUGAAAUAUAUCUGUGCGAUGCAGCCAUCGACAAGCUGGCCAUGUUCUGGA